GAUCGCGUCAAGACGUUGAUCGUUAAAGGAAGUGCUUCGCGUAUUAGAAUUUGAAAGCAUAAUUCUAAUUGUUGGUGCAGGCCGAAAUCAAACGGUGUUACUUAGUUAAGCGCAUAUAGUCACAUGAUGACGCAGGAGUACAGUGUUUGUGAGGUGGCACAGAACAAUGGACGCGACGGCAAACCAGUGUGGAUUAUUAUCAAGAAUGGAGUGUACGAUGUGACGAAGUUCUUAAAAGAUCAUCCUGGUGGUGAAGAUUCAAUACUCGAAUAUGCUGGUAAAGAUGCCACUAAAGCCUUCAAUGAAGUUGGCCAUUCAACCGAUGCCGUCAAGGAAAUGAAAUCAUACAAAAUUGGCACUAUCAGAGCGGAGUCCACGCAAAUACUUGAUACGCAGCCAUCAUCCGCAGCUAAUGGUCCGAGUGAGAAGCAGCCAGCAGAAAAUUAUUCUGAAACACAAAAUAAAAGAAAAAAAUUGUUCUUUUGCUGUUGAAUCAAAACAGGCCGAUAAAUUUAGGACAAUUUGCCUAUCUGUGAUUCCUGCUGCCUGUUGCUGAUAUUUCGUUGAAAAUAUAAUUAUAAUUUGGCGAAUAUUUUGUCAUUUUCAUACAAAGUCGUGCUCAAUCUCAUUAAGUUGUAUGCGAAAGCUUCAAAUUAAGAACGCAGUGGGAAUAUUUAAUAACUUGUUAUUUAUUUAUUUUACCUACAUUAUAUAGUGUUGCUGAAUUAGUUCUUAUAUACAUAACAGUAAAAUUUAGUUUACGUUACAAUAUAUAAUAUAAAUAAAAUAAUUAUAGAUAAGUGU